AUGCCAACCCCGCCGCCCGAUGACGGCCCUGGCACGACGCUGAAUGCAGCCGACUGGACGGCUACACUGCCUCAGACCGAUCAUGUUCGCUUCUUUCGCAGUAGGGAUUGGUCGCGCACCGCGCUGGGACCGCUGGAGACCUGGAGUCCAACACUGCGUCUCUUCACGAGCUUUGUCUUUGCAGACUCGCGGCCAGCCUGUCUGUGGUGGGGCCCGACGUCGAACCUCGUUGCCAUCUACAAUGAGCACUACGUUACCCUCGCAUGCGCCGCUCACCCAAAGCUCAUGGGAUCCACCUUCAAAGAAGGCUAUCCCGACCUUGUGUCCGGCAUCCAACCAUACUUUGAGCAGGCCAGGGACACAGGUGUCGGAGUGAAUUACUCGUCGGCUGCGUCUCUGAUUGUUGAGCGCAAAGGAUGGCGGGAAGAGGCUUUCUUUUCGGGCAGCUUCGUGCCUGUAGGCGUGCCUGCCGAGGGAUACCUGAAUACUGUGUACGAAGUUACUGUGCAGAAGCUGGCAGACCGCCGCACCUCCAUGUUGAACACGCUCGCUUCAGUCCCCUCGCAAAGCGUCGAAUCCGUAUACGCCCACAUUCUCGCGACGCUAGAGACCAAUGCAUCUGAUGUUCCCCUAGCAAUACUUUACAAACUGGAAGAAACUGCAGGAUCCAACCUGUUGCAGCUGCAGGGACACAUUGGGCUCCCAAGAGGUCACGAUCUUAUAGUAGCAAGCGCGACCAUGGACAGCGACCAAGGCUUGAUCCCUGACAUGCGACGUGCAGGCUCAGCCACCCUGAUUCUCGACUGUGAUGAGCGUUUCGACUCGGUUUCGUGGAGAGGCUGGGGUCAGCGGUCCAAGAAAAUUGCCAUCGUGCCAAUAAUGAGCGCCUCCCGUCUGUUCGGAUAUCUAGUCUUCGGCACGAAUCCAUUUCGGCCGUUUGACGGCACAUGCCAGCAAUUCGUCCGAGACCUGAGUCGCAUGGUAUCCAGCAUCGUGUCCUCCGCAGUUGAAUCCGAGACCAACAAGAAGCGCCAAGAGCAACUAGAGGCAGACCUCGCUUUCAGUGACCUCAAAUUGCGCCAUCUUAUAGACCAUGCAUCAGUAGGCAUGUGCCACGUUGCCAUGGAUGGGAAAAUGUUAUGGGCGAAUGAUCACUUUUACAAGUUAGCUGGCAAACCUCCAUCGGAGCAUUCCGGCCGCCUGGCUUUCCUCGAUGUUUACCACGACGAAGACCGCCGGAAGGCGGAGGAGUUAUGGGAAGAUCUUCUGAAAGGUGUGGACCGGAUCGGCGUCGAACUUCGUUUGAAGCGCAUGUAUACACCGCCAGUAGGCGAUCCAGAACCAGCUCAGCUUCAAGUGCUAGCUUUCCCUUACCGCGAUGAGGCUGGUAGAGUGAGGUCCAUCAUGGCAUGCACGACUGAUAUUAGUAGGUUGAAGUGGGCGCAAACAUUCCAGGCUCGACUGGCAGCAGAAGCAAGAGAAGCAAAACGACAGCAAGAAGCCUUCAUCGACGUCGUCUCACACGAAAUGCGGAACCCCCUCAGCGCCAUCGUUCAUUGCGCUGACGCCAUCUCUAAUGCAGUAGAAGAAUGCCGGGCCAAGCUCUUGCAGACUCCACAACCCUGCCUCGACAUUUUGGAAGAGAAUAUGCAAAGCGCUAAGAUCAUUCUGCAAUGUGCAAAUCACCAAAAGCGCAUUAUCGACGACAUUCUUACCUUGAGCAAACUCGACUCAAUGCUCUUGUCUAUAACGCCCGUCGCAGUCCAGCCCGCGCAGCUGAUCGAUUCCAUCGUUAGUAUUUUCGAAGCCGAGCUAAAGCACGACCGAAUUGCACACAAUAUCAAAUCCGACACGUCCCUCUCAGACUUGGGCAUCGACUACGUCUACCUGGAUCCUUCGCGAGUCACGCAAGUGUUUAUCAAUCUUCUCACUAACGCCAUUAAAUUUGUAAAGACGUCAAAGCAGCCGACCAUCUCUAUCCGCUUCGGGGCUUGCUUAUCUGAACCCCGAGCCUUCUUUUCCAAUAAAAUGUUCUGGGCCUCGGAGCGCAACCAAGACGUAGACGUCACAAGCAGCCCAGAAUGGGGCCCCGGAGAAGAAAUUUACCUCAUGUUCAGCGUCAGCGACACUGGGAUCGGUCUCCAGACCACGGAAAUCCACCGGAUCUUUGAACGAUUUAGGCAGGCGAACGUCAAAACUCAUGUGAAAUAUGGCGGUAGUGGACUAGGUCUUUUCAUCUCCAAGGAGCUCACCGAAAAGCAGGGCGGCGAGAUUGGUGUUUCAUCUAUUCUAGGGCAUGGAUCUACCUUUGGAUUCUACGUCAAGGCGCGUCGGGAAGAGAAACCAGGACCCCAGGCCCAGAGUGGGCUUUUGGACCCAAACACACACACGGACUCCUCACCUCAACAGCUACACGUUUUGCUAGUCGAAGACAACAUCAUUAAUCAACAAGUUUUGAGCAAGCAGCUCAAAAAGGCACAAUGUCAUGUCAAUGUAGCGAAUCACGGUCUCGAGGCGCUGAAUGUCCUGGAGGAACAGACUUUCGACAUGGUCCUCAUGGAUUUAGAAAUGCCUGUUCUCGACGGACUAGAUGCAAUGCGACAGAUCCGGAAGAAAGAAAUGGCGGGAGAGGGACUGUUGGGACGAGCUAUAGGCUCCAGACCGAACAUGAGCGCACGGCUACCCAUUAUCGCUGUCACCGCGAAUGUGCGCAAGGAGCAGAUUGAUACGGCUAUCACUGCUGGAGCGGACCGCGUGAUGCAGAAGCCUUUCAAAGCAGCCGACCUGGUACACAUGAUGAAGUCGCUGCUCCCACAAAAAGCGCCCUCGACCAUCGACCCUCCAACGCCUGGCGUGGGCGAAAAGUCGGACGGCUUGAUUCCUUAA